AAUUUUACCAACACGUUUCAAUUAUCAAUCUAUUGUAGACAAUACUGGGACGGUGCGAGCCAGAUAAAUUUGGUAUUUUGGAGAUCAAGCUUGUAAGUAAAGACAAACAUUUUAAAAUCCCUAUUGAAAAUGCCUACAAGCACCUCACAGUCCCAGACAUAUUAACUGUAAAAGUAGAAAAAGACGGAGAAGAAAUUCGGGAUGUAGUGGUUGAAAUAGAAAAUCGGGCCAUUGAGAAGCCCUAUCUAGGCGGUUACAGACAUCCAGUCUCAGGCGUUCAAUAUCAUCAUGGGUAUAGUCAAACAGGCCCAUUAUCACCUGAAUUACCAGCUGAAAUGAAAAACCACAGGGAUACUCAAACUUAUUUCAUGAGAAACAGAAAAGUCAACAAAAAUUGUUCAAAAUUCACUCAGGUUCCUACUAGGAAACUAAAUGUGUCUGACAAAUUGCUGACUCCUGGCCCAUAUGAAACAGCUGAAAAGCGAGAAAUAAGACUUGAAGGAAAAGUAAAAAUAAUUCAGAGAUAUUUUAGAGCAUGGCAAAUAAAAAUGCGUAUGAAAGCGCUCCGAUUAGAAUCUCAAAGGCAAAUUGAUUUUGAAGCGGAAUGUGAUGAAGUGGAAUUACAACAAAUGGAAGCGAUAAGAAAGAAAGACAUUAUCACUAAAGUUUUUCCUGUGAAAGGUGAAGAUUUUUCAAUGUUAUUUAAUAUGGUAGACCGCUGGAAAAAAGCAGAACUCGAGAGAAUCAGUGAAGUUUCAUGUGGCGCAGCAAGAAUGGCAGAGUCCUAUUUGCUAUUGGAAAAAGAAAUCGAAAUCAUUCGAUCGAUAGAAUGUCUCAAAAGAAAUGUCAAAAAGUCUCUAGAACUGAAAAAAGUAAUGGACUUUUUCAAAGAAAUCGGCAGUCCAAUUGAAUGGAACAGCGAGUACAAGGAUAUUCACAUUAGCAUGGACACUUUAGAAGCCCAAAAGGGCAGGGAAUAUCAUGAGUUAUACAAGGAUUUGUGUAAAAAGUCGUUAUCGAAAAAUGAAUGUUUUAAAAUAUAUUCGAGAAUUAAAGAGUAUAUUAAGACACACGAGUGUGGAAAAGAUGGCAAAGAAAUAAUUUCGUUGAUUGAUAGAAUGUGUGAAUUAACCGCAACGGGCCUGUCUGACAAUUUUUUAGGGGCGUUGAAAAAACGAAUUGAAGCCUUAGUUCUACACCAUUUCCAACUCCAAGAGCGCAACAAACAUCUAACCGAACACAUGAGAAAAGUAUCAACGAAACACGCGAGCAGUAAUUUAGUUUAUUGCCAUAGCUGUGAAAAACUAAAACCAAUAGAGAGUUUUACUAUUCACGCGAGGUUGCAAACCCUGAAAAUUUGCACCAUCUGCAAAAGGUUAAAUAAAGUUGAGCAACCAUGGAUCGAUCUGGCCCCACACAAAUUUAUACUGACACAAAUCAGAAAUUAUGAGCGUUCGCAUAAUGGAACAUCAUCCAUUGUAUUUAUAUUGAAAGACAGAGAUAUACAUCUGAUUGUGAAUAUCUGGCAUGGUCAUUCAGCUAUAUCAGAAUGCAACGACAUUUACCAAUUACGUUUAAUAAGAUGGAAAAAACAUGAAGAAUGGGCCCCAUGGAACUGUAUCCUCUUGACUACAGAAGAAGCUAAAGCCCAUUUAGGAAUAACAGACUUGGAGACAGUUUAUGACCAACACUUUAUCAACCAUAUUUUCUAUAAACAUGCAUUAGCUAGAAUACACUUUAAACACUUGACAAUUUACGAUAAUUAUUAUGCAAAAUAUAAAAAAGGACAUUGUCCCCCCUGUGAGGCAAGACUAAAAUGUAUGUCAUGCUUAGAACGUGACUGUAGAAGAUGUUCUAGGGCUGCCUCAUUUGUUUCUGAAGAAGAAAGCGAAGAUAUGUCUCAAAUAACUGAAACGAAUGCAACAGCAGGUAGAACGACUGAAACGCCUACAACUGCUGAAAGUAGUGAAUGUUCACUAAAAGUUAUUCACAAGAAUAAGAACGCUAGACAACAAAGUGAUGAUAAUUAUAAUUUUAUACAAGACUUAUAAAAAUAAAAAAAUGAAAAAAAAAUAUAUAUAUAUAUAUAUGAAUGCCUGUAAAAGUUCAGAUUAAAAUGAUAAAUAAUUAAAGUACGUAGGUAGUUACCCGUUUUGUUACACUAUUUCACUAAGAACAAAUGAUAAAGAAUGAAAGUCGGAACUAAUAGUAAUCGGGAACCCUCUCAAGCAAGUGUCCCUUUUCUUUCUAGGAGCCGGUCCUAAUGAAUUAAUUACAACCAGGAAGCACCACGAGUUUCCUUAACCUGAAGAUGAACCCAUAAAUCAGAAAGGUAUUGAAAGCAUGGCUAAAGCAAGCUAAAGUAAAGUGGAGUUCAAGUGACAGAUUCAUAGUUUUUGGCAUCUUCUGAUAGAUGAGGCCCCACAUUUUCACGGCAUCCGUUGGCCACAACGUAUCGAAAUCACGCAAAUUCAUGGGGCCAAGAAGUAUCUAAACCAUCAAGUAGAGAGGACAGCAGAUAGUCUAGAGUCGAUUAGUAAGAAAUAAAACUCGGGAAACCAUUUAGAAUGCUACAGAACACUUUUGAACUUCAAAAAUCCUUUUGGAAAGUUCGAAGCACUUAAAAUUCAAUUCAGAAUUUCCAAAAGCAUUCUGUAGCGCUUCAGAACAUUUUGGAAAUUUCGGAUUUACAAUUUCAAAAAGCAUUUUAGAACAAUUCCGAAGUUUGAAACCCAUUUUAGGACGCUCCAAAACACUCAAACACAAACUCUAGAAACAUUUUGAAAAGCGCCAGAAUCUUUUAGAACUCUUUUGAAUCAAUUUGGAACACAAAAUCUGUCAGAACAAUUUAGAAAUUACUGAAAUACUUCUAGAAUGUUCCAGAAAUCUUCAAGCCAAGUUAGAAGAUUUUAGAAUUUCAAUAUGCCAUUUAGAACGUUCCAACAGUCCAACACACUUUUUAGCAGCAUUUUGAAGGCUUCAGAACAAUUUAAACACUUCAGAAUUAUUUCAGAGAGCCUAUCGCCUGUUCAACCUGUCAACCCAAUAGUUAUGCCAGGAAAAAAAUAGACACCCCAACGUUUCUAUAUUCUUUAGGCCCUAUACUUUCG